AACAAAAACAAAAACAAAAAGGGAGACAUAGAAAAACAUCCGCAGAAGAUGAACAGUGGGUGUCUUAUCUUUUGCAUUUCACACCGCGAAAGUUAAAUUUAAAAAUUCCAAUUUUUUUUCUUUUCUGCUUCUUUCAAAUUUCAGAAUUUGAUCCUCAAAUUUUAGAAUGUGAUCUGCCGGAGUUGAGAACUCGAAUCCACAUAAACCAAUCCAGUCUCAGACGGUGUUCACAAAACCCUCUAACAUAACCAACAACUCAAAGAACGCUUUUACCAAAAAAGGCAACUCAAGGAAACCCAUAGAUCGAUGGCUACUGAGAAAUUUGGGAUCAUAAUUGAGAAGAAUCCACCCGAGUCCACACUAACCCAACUCGGUGUUCGUAGUUGGCCCAAGUGGGAACUUAUUCCUCCAAGCAAGUUUCCAUGGACUUUCAGUACAAAAGAGUCAUGUUAUCUGCUUGAGGGGAAAGUGAAAGUGUACCCUGAUGGAUCAGAUGAAGCCGUAGAGAUCGAAGCAGGUGACUUGGUUGUUUUCCCUAAAGGAUUGAGUUGCACCUGGGAUGUCUCUGUCACUGUUGAUAAACAUUACUACCAUUCCGAGUGAUUUGGUCUGUAGAUUGGCUAGUUCCAUUAAUUGGAUAAGGGCUUCACCAUCUUUGUAUGUUUUCUUUUGACAAAAACAAUCUUUGUACGUUGUUGAAAAGUUAGUUUCUAUGUCCUUUAUCAGUCUAUUAAUUGUUUUUGGGAA